AUGAGUGAUUCAACGAAACCGAUAGAGCUCCAAAAUCAGGACAUGACUGAUAAGGCUCACCAUGAAGACGAGGAAAUUGAUAGAUUGGUAGACGACUUUCUAGCUCGCCAGACUGGCAUAUCAGAGAAUUGUGGAGAUGUUAUUUUUGAGGAUUUGUCUGUCAUAGGAGCAGGCGUUGGGCAUCAACUUAUUGACAAUGUCCCUAGGGCAUGUCGUCGACUUUUACAGCUUGCUAAUCCAGCUAGCUGGUCAAGCAAGCCUGCUUCCUCUCGAGUCUUGUUGCAUAAAAUCACUGGCUCGAUUCGCCAGGGGGAGAUGCUAAUGGUUGUUGGGCGACCUGGAAGUGGUUGUACAACUUUCCUUAAAGCCCUAGCCAACAUGCGUGAAGAGUACCUUGCAAUGGAUGGAAAAGUCUUGUAUGGAUCGCUCGAUGCAGCGGCUGCGAAAACGAACAAACCCGAUCAGAUUGCUUUUGUUGGAGAAAAUGAUGUUCACUUCCCAAGCUUGUCGGUAGGUACCACAUUGCGCUUUGCUAUAAAUGCCCGGCAAAGUACUUCGCAACCACUGGCAGAUCGAGCAUCCAUCGUUGAGCAAGACUUGCAAACUGUGCUGCAACUUAUGGGUCUCGACCAUGUGGCCGGUGUACGUAUUGGGAGUGAUCACAUUCGCGGCGUCAGUGGUGGACAGCGUCGCCGAGUAUCUCUCGCCGAGGCCUUUUGUACCCGUGCAAGUCUGUUUUGCUUUGAUAACCCUACGCGGGGUUUGGAUUCCUCCACCGCAAUCCGUUUCCUCGCUGUUCUUCGCAAGUAUACGACGCGCAGUGGGUCGAAGACCGCAAUGUCCCUCUAUCAGGCCAGCGACCUUGCUGUUUCACUGUUUGAUAAGAUAUUGGUCUUAAACGAGGGACAUGUAGCAUACUAUGGCCCGGCUGCGUCUGCUAAAGAGUACUUUGAAUCGCUUGGAUUCCACUGCUCCUCGCGGACUUCCAUAUCGGACUUCCUUGCGUCCAUGUCAGGAGCUCCGGACGGUCGAAUCUCCCGGAAGGAUAUUCAACGACCUGUACCUCUCCAACCAGCUGAUUUUGAUAUUCGGUUCUGGGAGAGUAGCUUCCAUCAGAGAGCAGUCGGAGAAGCCAAGGCGCCGCAACCCACAUCAUUGAACAUCAAACGCUCUGGAUAUGCUCUGCCUUUUUAUCGUCAAGUCUACGAGUGCACUAUCCGUCACUAUCGCAUUUUUAUGACUGACAGAGCUGCUUGGAUUGCCGAAGCCGCAGGAACUAUUGUGCAAGCUCUUCUUCUUGGUACUCUAUUUCGAAACCAGACCGCCGUUAGUGAAGGGCUGUACACACUUUGCUCGGCCUUAUUCUUCUGUGUGCUCAUUAUGGGUCUACAGGCAUCUGCUGAGUUUGGAAAUACGUUCCUGAUUUUUAUCUUAUACUCUCUACCGAUUUACUGGAUGAUUGACUUUCAGCGGACCGCUGGCCAUUUCUUCACAUGGCUUGUCUCUCUUUAUAUGGGCUUGAUGGCACUUUCUGUGAUGUUUCGAGCUAUUGCAGUCUUUACAACUUCCAUCACUCGGGCCAUCCUGCCUGUGGGUCUUCUUCUCAACCUUCUUAUCAUUUACACUGGCUUCUACAUCACACCACCUGGCAUGAAGGUUUGGCUGGGAUGGGUUCGCUACCUCGAUCCAAUGUACUAUAUAUUCGAGUCAAUUGCCCUGAAUGAGAUUGGAGGCAGCACUUAUCAAUGCAGUACCAAGGAUACCGUGCCUGUGGGACUAUCAUACAAUGAUACCAGCUAUCAGACAUGCGCAGUGUCGGGGUCCUUGCCUGGUAGCCUAGAGCUUUCCGGAAAGCUCUAUCUUGUGGCUGAAUACGGCUUCCAUGCUAUCCAUAAAUGGCGGAAUGUCGGUAUCAAUGCCGCGGUCUUCAUCUUCUUCUCAGUUUUGGUCACAAUCGGAAUGGAAAGAUUCCGUCACGCAGCGGUACACAUGUCGACUAUCUUUUAUAAAACGCUUCCGUGGUCAAAUACAUCAGCUCCUGCUCUAACAGAUAUUGAAAAGCCGACAGUGACGAACGAGGUUGACAUAUUUGAGAAGGCGUCGGAUAGUGAAUUGCCCGCCAACUACUUCAAGCCUAAUAAUCAUGUCUUUGCAUGGCAGGACCUAACCCUUGAUCUGGGCAAUGAAAAGCGCUUGCUUGAUAAUGUAUCAGGGUGGCUUCAGCCGGGCUCAAUGACUGCGUUGAUGGGUAUGUCUGGUGCGGGAAAGACGACCCUUCUUGACACUCUCGCACAGAAGCUUCAAAUUGGAGUGUUGUCUGGAGGACUUUACCUCGAUGGGGGUCCACUCCCAGCAUCAAUGGGUCGCCAGACUAGCUUCGUCCACCAAAAUGAUAUCCAUCUCGAUUCAUCAACUGUGCGAGAAGCCCUCCAGCUGAGUGCGAGACUCCGUCGCCCAGCAAAUAUCUCUCUCGAGGAGAAGAUGGCACAUGUUGAGAUGGUCAUUGGGCUAUUGGAAUUGAAAGAUAUCGCUGAUGCUAUCAUCGGUGUCCCAGGCGCCGGACUAGAUUUGGAGAGGCGCAAGCGUGUCAGUAUCGGAGUUGAGCUGGCGGCCAAGCCGGACAUUCUUCUGUUCCUUGAUGAGCCUACUUCUGGCUUAGAUGGCAAUUCCGCGCUUUCAAUUGUCCAGCUUAUGCGUAAAUUGUCACAUGCCGGACAAACGAUUCUGUGUACAAUUCACCAGCCUUCUUCUCAGAUGAUUGAACUGUUUGAUUCUCUGCUACUUUUGAUUCCUGGAGGGAAGACGAUGUACUUUGGCCCUCUUGGUCAGCAGUGCAAGACAAUUAUCGAUUACUUCGCUCGCUAUACACGCCGCUGUACUGAUACCGAAAAUCCUGCUGACUACUUUUUAGACGUCAGCGCCGACCCUCGUGAAGAUUGGUUUCAGAUAUGGCAAGACUCGCCUGAGUUUGAAGCCAUGAAAAAGCAAAUCCAACAUCUACUCAAGGAGAAAGACGCUGUAGCCUCUGCAGGAUCCGAUCGAGCUUAUGCUGCCUCAUAUCUCGAGCAGCUUCGAGUAGUCACUCAACGUGCGUUUACCAAUUACUGGCGUAACUCAGAUUACGUGCUCGGAAAAAUCCAGCUAAAUAUAUGGAUGGGCUUAAUGAACGGAUUGACCUUCCUACAACUUUCCAACGACCUGACAGACUCCCGUGGUCGGAUGUUCUCUAUCUUCGUUGGUGUCAUCACCGGCCCUGUUCUCAGUCUCCAGAUCGAGCCCAGGUUCAUCAUCCUACGGGAUCAAUUCCUAGCCCGAGAGAACGAGUCCCGCGUGUAUCAUUGGAGCGUGUUUACUAUCAGUGCGUUUCUAGUGGAGAUCCCAUAUACCUUACUCGGAGGCCUGAUCUACUGGCUGUUGUGGUACUACAUGGUGGGAUAUUUCAUCAUCUCAACAAGAGCGGGCUACGCGUUCCUCAUGUACGAGUUGUACUCGCUUUUCGUCGCCAGUCUGGCCCAGCUUACAGCUGCCAUAUUCCCGACUACCCUGGCGGCACAGGUUGCUACCGGCUUUGUGUGGCUGGUAGUCAACACUUUCAAUGGCCCUCUCUCGCCGCCGCCCCUGACUCCUCGUGGUUGGCGCUGGUUCUACAAUAUUUCCCCACUGUACUAUUUCAUCGAAGGGAUUGGUACCAAUGCAAUGCAUGCGUUGGAUAUUACAUGCCAAAUUUCUGAGCUGAGCGUAUUCAACGCCCCGUUGUCGGAGACGUGUGGCUCCUACGCUGCCGCGUUCUUCAGUCAGUCCAAUUCGACAGGUUAUUUGGUAGAUGACAGCGCGACAGGACAGUGCGAAUAUUGCAGCUACGCCAAUGGUGAUGAAUAUGUCAAACAAUACGAUUUCAGCUAUUCUCAAAGAGGUCACAAUGUGGGAAUAUUCAUUGGGUUCAUCCUGUUCAAUUACACGAUGGCUGUUGUGGCGACGUAUUUGAUCUUCAUUUUCAAAUGGCGGAAGCAUACGGCGUGA